AUGCCCGCACACGAAACGAAAGAAGCCAUGUCGUCGUCUGAAGAAUCCAAGCACGAUCCCGAGUCGGGCCGCGCCGUCGAGAAGCCGAGCUUUUGGGCCAGGUACCUGAAGGAGGUGGACAACAAGCGCGCAUAUGUGGUGAUGCUCGCCUGCUGCUUCGUCUCGGGCCUGACGGAUGGCACAAUCUACAAUGCCUACGGAACUUUCGUCUCCAUGCAAACAGGCAACACCAUCUUCCUCGCCCUCGGUACCUCUGGCUACAACAACAAGCCCUUUGGCUGGGCCCGCUCCCUCUGCUCGAUCGGCUUCUUCAUAAUCGGCUCCUUUUUCUUUGCGCGCUUCGCCAUGCUCCUCGGCGGCAAGCGUCGCGGCGUGCUGGCACUCUCCUUCUUCGGGCAGGCCAUGCUCGUCAUGAUUGCGGCGGCGCUGAUCCAGGGCGGCGUCAUUGACGGCUCGUACCCGUCGCACCGCGCGCCCGGCUCCGUCGACUUCAAGGAGAUUGCCGUCAUCGCGCUGCUGAGCUUCCAGGCGGCCGGCCAGAUCGUCUCAAGCCGCAGCCUGGCCGUCGGCGAGAUCCCGACCGUCGUCGUCACCAGCAUGCUGUGCGACCUCAUGUCGGACCCGGCGCUGCUCGUGUGGGCAAAGAACGACAAGCGCAACCGGCGCUUCAUGGCCUUUGUCCUCACGCUGGUAGGCGCCAUCUGCGGAGGCUGGAUCUCCAAGGCGUCGGGCGCGGUGCAGCCGUCGCUGUGGACGGUCGCGGGUAUCAAGCUGCUGCUCGCCAUUGGCUGGCUGUUUUGGACGGAAAAGUGA